UCCCAAGACGAAACCUUUUUUCAGCUGCAGGCCUCUGGGAUUUCUUCGUACUCUCUCGCGUCGUCUCUUGCGGAAUCGAUCGAUCGAGAGAGAAUGAACAACCACCACGGUCAGAGCCAGCAGUCAAGCGAAAGCAAGCACGACGAUGAUGCCGCGCUCACCGAUUUCCUCGCUUCCCUGAUGGAGUACACCCCCACUGUACCCGACGAACUGGUGGAGCACUACUUGGGGAAGAGCGGGUUUCAGUGUCCUGAUGUCCGACUAACAAGGCUGGUAGCUGUUGCUACGCAGAAGUUCGUUGCAGAUAUUGCUAGUGAUGCUCUUCAGCAUUGCAAGGCAAGACAGGCCUCGGUGGUUAAAGACAAAAGGGAUAAGCAGCAGAAGGAUAAGCGCCUAAUCUUGACAAUGGAUGAUCUCUCCAAAGCUUUACGUGAGUAUGGUGUCAAUGUGAAGCAUCAGGAGUACUUCGCAGACAGCCCUUCAGCUGGGUUGGAUACUGCCUCUAGAGAUGAAUGAGGGAUAAUGAUGCAAAGAGAUAUUCCUUGGAUCUAGAGAAGAAGUUCUACGUGAAACUUGCUCCAAGUCUGCCAUAUGCAGAAAAGAGGAUAGUUUCUUGUAGCUGUUUUCUGCUUAUCUUUAAUUUUUCGAAGAGACCAUCGUAUUGUCGUCAUUUUGCGGAAGUUGUAUGGAAAUCAAUGGCGGUUUCCUAGACUUUUUUUUCUUCUGGAUCAACAUCGAGUUUGGAGUGUUACAUAGUGGAGUUCUGGCAAAUGGAAUAUCAUAUGCAGUUAACUGUUGCUA